CUGAGGUCCGACAGCAUGGGUGUGUGCGCCAGCAGCGACGCCGGCGGUGUGGUGUCACCGGGUCCCGGCUCCAGACAACCUGGGGCCACGGCCAACGGAGGGGAGGACGCAGGCGGGGUCAACCCGGCCGCCGAGCUCAUCCCGUCCAACCCGUUCUCGGGCGGCGGUGGGGGUCUGCUGGGUCAGCCGCUGCCCCAGCUGGAUAAACUGAAGCAGAACGGCUCGGAGGCCGCCAGCGGAGCCUUCGGUGGCAUCAGAGCAGGAGCUAGUGACGCCAUGGGACAAGCCAAAGGCGCGGCUGGCAAUGCUAUGGACUCAGCCAAAGAUGCAGCUGGCAAUGCUAUGGACUCUGCCAAGAACGCGGCUGGGGAUGCGGUAAACUCGGCUAAAGACGCGGCUGGGGACGCUGUAAACUCGGCUAAAGACGCUGCUGGGGAUGCCCUGGACUCGGCUAAAGACGCGGCUGGAAAUGCCAUGAAUUCGGCUAAAGACGCGGCUGGAGAUGCCAAUGAACUCGGCUAA